GUGUUAACCAACUAAGAAUCAAACCACCUUAUUGUUCAGAAAGUUAGAGAUAGUAGUAAUAAUAAAAACAGAAAUGGCAGAGGAAAUUAGAUUCUUUGAGCUGAACACAGGUGCCAAGAUACCUUCUAUUGGGUUUGGCACUUUUAUUGGGUUAGGUCAGGAUCAAAAUCCUGGCGCCUUGGCCGAAGCAGUCACUAAUGCGAUUAAGGUUGGAUACCGGCAUAUCGACUGUGCUUCAGCUUACCGCAAUCAAGCAGAGAUUGGUUUGGCUCUCAAGAAGCUAUUUGAUGAAGGUAUUGUAAAACGUGAAGACUUAUGGAUAACCUCCAAAUUAUGGUGUGCAGAUCAUGAUCCGGAAGACGUACCAAAAGCGUUAGAUAAAACCCUGCAAGAAUUUCAACUCGACUAUGUAGAUCUUUAUCUGAUUCAUUGGCCGGUCAGCAUGAAAAAGGGUUCAGUUGGAAUCAAGCCUGAAAAUCUUACAAUACCAAACAUUCCGAAUACAUGGAGGGCAAUGGAGGCGCUGUAUGACUCCGGCAAGGCUAGAGCUAUUGGAGUAUGCAAUUUCUCUUCAAAGAAGCUUCAAGAUCUUUUGGAUAUAGCUCGCGUGCCUCCAGCUGUUAACCAAGUGGAGCUGCAUCCGCAAUGGCAGCAACCGAAAUUGCACGAAUUCUGCAACUCUAAAGGAAUUCACCUAUCUGGAUAUUCUCCAUUAGGGUCUGUAUUACACAAGAAUGACCUCCUUAAGAAUCCUGCAAUUAAUCUGGUAGCAGAAAAGUUAGGGAAGACACCCGCGCAAGUGGCCCUUAGGUGGGGUCUGCAGGCGAGGCAUAGUGUGUUACCUAAAAGUGCAAAUAAGGAGAGGAUCAGGAGUAAUUUUGAUGUCUUCGACUGGUCUAUACCUGAUGAGCUAAUGGCCAAAUUAUCUGAAAUCAAGCAGGAGAGACUUAUUGAUGGUAAUGGAUACUUUGUUCAUGAAACUUAUGGUGCCUAUAGAACUCCAGCAGAACUUUGGGAUGGUGAAUAGAGAAUUAUAUGUAAUAUUUUAUUGGUUAAAAAUUUCACUGUUAUCAGAUAUUGUUGUAAUUGGUGUAAUUGAUGAGAGUGCAGAAAUAAAAAGAAAUCUAGC